AUGCUUCCAACAAAUAUGCUUUGCGCGCUGUGGCUAUGGGUUUCACUGGUGGUCGCCAACAAAGUAACGCUUUCUAAUAAGGACAAUCAAGUGUGCAGUGGAAUGUACUCUCGAGAGGAUUGGGGCGGUAAAGUAGAUCCUUUCAUUUCCUUCAAUUUGAAAAAUAUAAACGACGAACAAGGGCUUUCCGUGGUCGUAUUUGACUUCAAGGACUAUCAACACAUCGGCGUUGAAAUCGAGUCCAAAAAACACUACAUUUGCGAUGAUUAUGCUAUCAGUCAUGGUGUUUGCAAUGAAACUCACAAAAACGAGUAUUUGGUACAGAAGGUUAUCGUGGAUCCAACGACGGGCGCAAACGAAACCGCAGGUGCCCAAAUUAUGACUUUUUACCAGAAGGACACCGGAAACCACGAAACACAGUAUCCAGUGAAAUCUACAGGCUACUAUUGUGUGGUGGCCACUUCCCUCAACGAAGAAUCUGCGAGCUAUUCGGCAGUCGUGAACUUCAGAAAUGCGUAUGGACAACUGCCCGGCGCGGAAAUUAACAAUCUUCCCCUAUAUGGACUUUUGACCAUUUUUUACCUUGUGGCCAUGGCUCUCUACAGUUUUGCCUUUUGGAAGCACAAGAAUGAGGUUCUUCCACUGCAAAAAUACCUACUGGCGUUCUUUGCAUUUCUCACCGUUGAACAGAUAUUCAUUUGGGCUUACUACGACAUCAAGAACGAAAAGGGUAACACUGCUGGUACCAAAGUUUACAUGGUAUUUGUCUCGAUUAUGACCGCAGCCAAGACCUCCUUCAGCUUCUUCCUUCUCUUGGUCAUUGCUCUUGGAUACGGUGUCGUGUAUCCCAAGCUCAAUAAAAAGUUGAUGAGACGGUGUCAAAUUUUUGCAAUCGUCAAUUUCGCUGCAAGUGUCGCCUAUCUGAUUCAAAGUUAUUUGACUAACCCAGAGUCCGUCACUCUUUGGCCCCUGGCUACUUUGCUUCCCUUGGGUAUCACGAUGCUUGGAUUCUAUUUCUGGAUUUUGAGAUCCAUGUCACAGACUUUGCGUUAUUUACAAGAACAGAGACAAGUGGUUAAGCUGAAGAUGUACAAAAAGCUACUAUCGACAAUUUACUUUUCCCUGUUUGUUUUGUUUGCAGGAAUUGUUCUCUCUUCGUUUGUGUUCCUGGGAAUGAACACAAUAGAAAUGGUUGAACAGCACUGGAGGACGAGAUUCUUCUUCGUAGAAUUCUGGCCUUCAUUGGUUUACUAUUUCGUGUUUGUUACCACUGCCUUUAUCUGGAGACCAACAGAUACUUCGUACAUGUUAGCAUGUUCUCAGCAGCUUCCAACGGAUCCUGAAAACGUCGCUGAUUUCGAUCUAGACGACCUGCAAUCGUUAGAGGGACCCUCGAAUCACAUCGAUGAUGACCUCAACUUCUCAGAUGACGAAGAGCCUCCGCGUAGAAGUACAAAUGAGCAGAGGCAAGAUAAAUAG